UCUCUCUCUCUCUCUCUCUCUCUCUCUCUCUCUCUCUCUCUCCUUUUCCUCUUCACACAACCAUCAGGGCCUUUUUUCUCUCUGAGUUUAUCUCCCUGAGAUCCACCAGAAAAAUCAAAGCUUUGGGGGUAAAAGGUCGGAUCGAGGAGUAAAAUAAGUUUAUAUUUCUCUGUAUAGGAGAGGAAGAUCAAAAUCUGGGAGCUGGGUUUUGAGAAAAUGAUGAUGAUGACGGAAGAGGAGGACAUGGGUCUGAGCCUCAGCUUGGGAUUUGCACAAAACCAUCGUCCUCUCCAGCUGAAUCUGAAACCCACCUCUUUCGUCUCCAAUCUCCACAAGUUUCCAUGGAACCAAACGUUCGUUUCUUCUGCAGCUGAUCAUCAGAACCCACCAUUCCUGGGAGGAAUCGACGUGAACAGGGCGCCAUCGACGGGGGAUUGCGAGGAGGAAGCGGGGGUGUCUUCGCCUAACAGCACCAUCUCGAGCACCAUUAGCGGCAAGAGAAGCGAGAGGGAAGGAAACGACCACAGAGUAUCCAGCGACGAAGAAGACGGCGGUGAAACCUCCCGGAAGAAGCUCCGCCUAUCUAAGGAUCAGUCCGCCAUUCUCGAGGACACCUUCAAGGAGCACAACACUCUCAAUCCGAAGCAGAAGAUGGCACUGGCAAAGCAACUGGGGUUGACUCCAAGACAGGUGGAGGUGUGGUUCCAGAACCGAAGGGCAAGGACAAAGUUGAAGCAAACAGAGGUGGACUGCGAGUACUUGAAGAGAUGCGUCGAGAAAUUGACGGAAGAUAACAGAAGGCUUCAGAAAGAAGUGGCGGAACUACGGGCCUUGAAACUGUCCCCUCAGUUCUACGGCCAGAUGGCCCCACCCACCACUCUCAUCAUGUGCCCCUCGUGUGAGCGAGUCGCUGGCUCUUCCAACCAGACGGCCCAACGCGACCGGUCCCGCCCCUUAAACCCGUGGCUCUCAGGUCCUAGCCGUAUGGCUAAGGGGUCGUAAUAUUGCGUGAUGUCGAGGGGUAUUUUGGGUAAGUCAAUGUAUGUGGCUGUGGUGAGGGUGUAAUGUCAUGAGCGGAGCCGUUUUGUACUUUGGAUGAUUGAACCUCCUCUCCCACAAACGAAAGCCGUGUUUCCGUCUUUAUUUAUUUCCGUUUGAGGCUAAAUCGGUUCAUAUUUAUAUGCUAACAGUACCAACAGCGAUUUGAUUUUAAUUUACAAAAACAUUUUAAUGGUUAGAAA